AUGUCACCCCUUAAUACCACCUGGAAGGCCGCUCCCACGGGUCGCUUCGGGAAGCUGUCAGAGGCGCGCCUCCAGCUGGGUGUCUAUCCGAAUCCGCACGGCAACAACCUGCUUCCCGAGGUCUGUCACGUGGUCAGCCAUAAAGAUCCUCUGCCGGAGGAAUUCGAUGCACGAACACAGUGGCCUAAAUACCCUACUAUCGGCGAGAUCCGGGAUCAAGGCAGUUGUGGAUCCUGUUGGAAGAUGCCCCACAAUUAA